AUGUUAACCAUGGAACGAGGUCUUUUUUAUCAUAUCAACUUAUCACUUGCACGUAAUUAUCAAUUUAAUAGAAUUCUUCGUUUUCUUCCAUUGAAUGAUAUUCAGUCACUUGCAAUUGAUAGUGAUGCAUCUCCACUUCAAUUAACUCGUUGGCCUUAUUUACCUCGUUUGAAAACUCUGCGUAUUAUUGGUGUAUACAAUCAUAAUGAUCUUUUGCUCUUUCUUUUGCUUCAUGCAGCCACACUCAUUCAUCUCAUUAUCAAAUCAAAUGAAAGAUUGGUCCCCGAUGGUUAUUCCUUUAAAUUCGAAUACCCAAUUGGUGACAUUGAAGCAUUAAUAGAAAAUUUUAUUCUUAUUCAUCUACCUGCACUUCGAUCUCUCGACUUAGGCAUGAAUUAUCAUGGGAUAGGCUGGUUCUUUACCACUGCAAUAGUUUCUCUUACCUAUUUGCGUAUUGUUGUGUCAACGAUGGAUAUGUUAGUUCGUCUUAUGUCAACACCACCACUCUCCACCACAUUACAUCAAUUACAUGUAAAAGUAGGUAACAGUGACUUCAAUACUCGUUCCCCUAUACCAACGUCUCCUCUUUCAAUCCGAAUGGUUAGUUUACAUACAUUUACUCUCGUUCAAACUUUUUUCUCGAUGUUAAAAAUUGAAUGGGUAUUUUUCGAAAUGCUGACAUCAUCCAAUGUAAUGCCUGUUCUUCGACGUGCCAAUAUGUCCAUUUUUAUUGAUAUUAAUGAUAUAAAUUGUAUUAGUUCAUCAUCACUUUUCACUGAUCAUCGUCACGUUGAUGUUCAUUUUGCCUUCAGUCUCAUUAAUUGUCCUCGAUACGUAGAAGUGACACAAUAUAUACCACGUGGUAAUCGUUUUCGUCCACGAGAAAUAGUCGGUGCAACAUUUGUUGUCAAUUAUUGGCGUGACAGAUCACAAUGGGAGAUUUAUAUAGAUCCUUUUAAGCGUGGACGUCAAUAUGAUCAUCAUAUGUGGUAUACUCUUCCAUGGGCAUUUGAUGAAUUUUAUCAUGAAUAUUUACCACACAGAUGGAUCACUAAAACACGAGUGUUUGAAAUACCUCAAAAAAUGAUGACAAUUCAUCAAUCAACUCUUCGUACAUUAGAUACAUCAGGUGCUUGCAAUUCCAGUUAUAAAUUCGAUUUUUUUAAUGAAACCAACAAUUGGAAAUUAGAGAAAGUUUAUGAAGAUAAUACAAUUAAAGAAUAUAUUGGUUUAAUCAAAUAUUCUCCAACUAAAAACUUUUUUAUCCUUACAUAUCGUCAUAUGAAAUUAGUUUUUGUUGAUCGAAUAACUCAUCAUGUUUAUUUGAGUUAUUCAGCAACCAAUUUAAUAUCUUCUGUACAAUGGAAUCCUAUAAAUUCAUCGAUUGUUACUUGUGCUACAACAGGAGUAAGCCUAUUUGCUUUUAAAUAUUCAGAUAAAUAUACAUCAAUUACCAAUUAA